CAUCCUGCACUCGUCAUGUGACUAGUAAACUAACAGUACUCUAGUGUCCAGUGACUCCAGUCCAGUCGCCUCAUACUAUACCUUCCCACUUGUACCGUGCUUUCUUUAACAAUGUACGCGGACUUGGACGAACUGGUGCUUUCCGGCAAGCUCUUUAAUAACUCCCGCUCUUCCUCACCCGAGCGCACGCCAUCCCCAGAUCGCGAACCCCUUUCAAACUGGCCAAACGCAGAAGACGCGAAAGAUGUAGACUACUCCUCUGAUGCCGAACAUGAAAGACAGAUAUCCAAGAUUAUCAGCUCCCCAUCUCAAGACGCUCCAGAUGGCUCAAUCGGCAUGGGACCUGGUCGUACAGGUGUGAAGGGCGUCAUCCGUGAUCGCGCGGAGGCACAAGCUCGCGAACGCGAAAAGCGUACGCAAGGAAUUGCCGCUAUGAAUGCUCGGAUGGAGCGGAUGAAUCUCGGCGGAAAGACGUAUCUCGAAGAGGAGCGUGAAAGGGAACUAGAAAAGAUGAUGUUAGAAGGAGCCCCUAAGGAUGUAAACGCUGGAAUCACUGGGAGAGGCAAACCGAGAUUUGGCCAUUUGAGAGAGGUCGGUGUCAAGAAUUUCGUGUCGGCGGUGGAGAAGGAAGCGCCUGGGACCUGGGUCGUAGUACACCUGUACGAUCCGUCCCUUGACCGAUGUCAUGAUUUAGACACUGAACUCUCGCAACUUGCUCGUACAAACCCGGACACUAAAUUUCUCCGCGCGAGAGCAUCCGUUCUUGGUUUUGCUUCAUCAUCCUCUACCAUGUCUCGAACGAUAUCCAGUUCAAAUACCCGAUCGAACUUACGCGCCUCACGAAAUCGGAUUACCGAAGCAGAUGAUGAGGAUGACCCAUAUGCGUACGACGAGAAGGACAACACCUCGGAUGCGUUCGAUGAAGUGGAUGAAGAUGAGGAUUACAAUCAGGAUGCCGACGUCGACCUUGAUGUAUUACCUACCCUCCUUGCAUAUUGUGAUGGUGAAUUGGUGCAUACAUGGGUCCGCGUUGACUGGGAAGCGGGCCCCGCUGGCGUAAACGACCUAUUAACUAAACAUCAUAUCCUCAAAGGAUCCGGGUUCGGAAACUGCGGGCUUCCGUCCGAUGACGAAGAUUUAUGGGAUUCAGACCCUAACUAAGCCAGCUGCCCACUGCUCACCCCUCUGUUCAUAAUGGAUG